UGUAUAUCAAUUUCUGGGCACACCUACCCAAUCUGCACUCCAACGAUCCCUGUUUCCUCCCUUUCCUCACCGCUGCAUGCCUGUCACCCUCCUGGCGCCGCCCGAAGCAUGGCGCCAUAUGCUUCGAGCAACCCUGCGAGAAUGCACCUACUUGCCAGACCCGAUCGCCAAGUCCUACAUGCGACAGUACACCCUCGAUCGAUACCGAAACAAGAUAGCCUUCUUCCGCUCGAGAGAGAACCAUGACCCGACUCCUUCUGUGCGUACAGAAAAUAACGGUACCAGCGUCGAACGACAGAUACGUCUGCGAAGGUCUGCGAAAAGCCUGCUAUCUCUCCUCAAACGAGCCAACGAAGGAUAUAAAAGACCGUUGGAAAGAGUAUUGAUGCUAUCGUACGGCCGCAUCGGCGCGAAGAAAUAUAAGCUAUUCUCAGCCUUCUUACGAGAGACUGGCAUGUCGAAACAACUGGUCACAGAUAAGGAUGUCCGGGAAAUACUGGCCAAAGAUGGCGGACACAAAUUUAGCGACAAUUGGCAACCACCCCCCGCCUUAGUGUCGCUGCUCAAGACUCAACAGCAGUCAUCCAAGGAACUGCUUAGUGACCGCACAACCCGAUUCCGAGUAACCGCGCAGGUCAAGAUUCCAGAGCUAACCACCUGCUUAAAACCAACACCGAAAAGGCGCCGUGAAAGAAUCAGACAACAGUGGUACAAUCGGUCGAAGUUUGGAAUACUUCUUCCUCUUGACGCCGCCGAGAUGGAGAUCCUAUAUAGGCUGCUGCAUGGAACAUUUCCAUGGAAAGCGCCGGUUCGCCGCAAGAAGAUUACGCAGCCUUGUCCUGCGGAUGAGAAGAUUUCUCCUCUGGAAUCCCUCUUGUUUGACGGGCCCCAGAAGGGAGUGAGUUUUGACUCAUAUGUCGUUGAGAGGCCACAUCGAGUCACACGACGGUUUAUGCAACGGAUAUGGGAGAAGAUCUACCAUCGCACACCUUUGGUCCAGAAUACCGCCAAAGGGCCCAGGUAUACUUUCCCAGUUCAUCGGCGAGCGCCACGGCUUACUCUGGCCGUGAAGGAUGAAGAGGUUCGCGAUUUGUUUGAUGGUGUUGAUGAGAAUGGUCGUUUAAAGAAUGCAUGAUAUAGAGAUUACAUGAUACCCAAUUGCCCAUGUAUUAUAGUUCUUAUAAUUAUAUACCACUUUGACUAUCUACCAUUUGUUAUGUUACCAGUACAUCC